AUGUCGUCGCGCCGUGAGAUCGAUACAUCCGAGGGAUCAGCAUACUCGAUCGCCUCGUCCCUCGUCGAGAAUGCUAAUGUUGCCGCUCGAUAUCUGUCGGUCUCUAGUCUCGAACACGAAGACGCUGCGUCAAUCAUGCAUCAAACUUUGAGCAUCCGAGCCGUGAUUCCGACGCAUUCUUCAUUUGCAAACAAACACCAGGAAGCGUCCUCCCGCCCCAACUUGCAGCACUUAGUCCAGAUUGGCGAGGGAUUACAGGGCACAAUUUUCGAGCAAGUAGGAAAGGCUCUAGUGAUUAAGAAAGAAAGUCCCCAGAAUGAGUCUCGACCAACACGACUAGACAAGGAGUACCACGCGCACGACCGGAUUUGCCUCGCAUUCCAGCAGUUCGGACCAGUCGUCUCCAACACCGUCUUUGUUCCACGGCCUAGUUCACUGAAGACCCCCAAAGACGAUGCUUUUUGGACUGCGACCCUUGACAAAUUCCCUACCGAUUACCGAGUAAAGACUACCGUCUUCACUAUGGAUCGCAUCCUGCCGCUACCGAAGAUUGUUCGGAAAGCCCUGAUUUCACUCUUCUAUCCUCGUCCUCAGGGACAAACAUCUGUCGACCAAAAUACAAUCCAACGCGUGCUCUCGGAAGAACCCAACAAGCAUUGCCUUGCGCGUGUAUACCUCGGCAAGAAGUCUCACAAUUUCAAGCAAGAUAACUUCUCCCUCCGAAACUUCCCUCUCUGCUUGGACGCAAUGCAGCGCUUUGGACUUGAAGUCAACGAAAUGGCUUAUUCCAUGGGCAAAGCCUACGCGAUCAUACAAUGGGGAGCCGAGUUCGAUGCGGACGAUGUCGAAUUUGUUCUUGGUACCCUGACGACAAAUACCAAAGCUCCUACAAAUACUCAAGCUCCUACCAACUUCCAGGAACGAGCCGUUCGCCUUUGUCUCUUGGACUUUGGACAGUGCCAAGCCGUCAACAUGGAUCGAGACGCCGAGGACGUGUAUAGGUCAUUCCAUGGAGCACUCGUGCUUGGAGACAACCAGUGGUUUAUCCCCCAUUGUCAUCGGGACAAAGAACUCUUCAGGCACUUCCGUGAUGGGUAUAUUAAGACGGGAAAUACCAUCCUCAACGUGAAGGGAUGGGCCGGGAAGUUCGAUAUGGAGGCUUUUAUGGACGGUUAUGAAGAAUACGCCGAAGACUUCCUGGUGUAA